GUUCUGUCGUGACAAGCGGCGGUGUCGGUAGAAACAUCGUCACACCCGCACCGCCCCUGCCGCCCAGGUCGAUCCUUGACGCAACCUUCAUGAAAACCAACGACGCAGGGGUGAUGCGCGUGACUUCUGUAAACUGUACUGAUGACUGUGCGCCGGUAGGCCACCACCGCGACCGACGAGUCUCCAGGGUGUGUUGAAAAGAGCAAUCGGCGACGACAAAGGAGAGAGAUGUCGUCGUGCUCGUCCAGCAGCAAUGAAGAUGAAAUACGACGGUUAGCCUUCACCUCGGACCCCGACUACCACUCCGCGAGAACGUUGUUGCAGCGAAAAGGAGAUAUCAAGGCCAUGACGCAUGCAUAUAUGAGCCUGUUUGGCGAUCAAUUCCUCGCAUUCGUCAAGGCCAUGGUGGACGCUGAGGUCUCGCACGGUUCUGAAGAUCAAGCUGCUGAAAUGAUACGCGGUAACACGCCUUGCAUGAAGAUGCUCAGCGAAGUUGCGUACGUCGUCGGGACUGGCUACCUUCGCGACGUAUUGACCGGCCCCAUGAGCGUGCUCUUUCACCUACCCGAGAGUCUUGAAGUGAACCACGAAAUCGUUCGCGAUGAAGCUACCCUCGAAGCACAUCGCGCACAGCUGGAAUCUCUCGCCCAGGCGAUUCUUGACAGGCUGGUGCGGUCGCCGUUUCCACCGCUGCUUGCGUCCUUGUGUUUGUGUCUCCGUCGAAGUGUUGCGGCGCGCUUUCAUGCGCAUUCGGACUCUGUUCUCGGCGGUUUUCUUUUCCUUCGCGUCGUUUGCCCCGUCGUGGUCAUGCCGUACCACUCGGUCGUGUUUCCCCAUUUGGAAAAGGCCAAUUUGCCGUCGCACGCGCGCCGGUCAUCCAUUCUCGUGGCCAAACUGCUUCAGAACCUCGCAAACAACGCAUUCUUCAAGGAAGACUACAUGGCCCCUUUCAACCCAUUCAUCCGGCGCAACUUUCCCACGGUCGUUGCCUUUUACGACCGGAUUUGCCAAAGCGUCGACGUCACCACUCUCGCGACGAGCAUCCCGCCGCGUGAUGCCACUCCUUGUUGCCCUUCGCCGCUCUCGAUCGACGAAGCGUGGAAGGUCGUUCGAGACCGUUUGGAUAGUCCCUUGGACACCUUUCCUCUGUCUGUGGCCUUGCCACUUCAAAAACCAUCCAUGUCGAAUGCCACAACGACCCUUGGAGAUCUGUCUACCGCGUCCGCGACGCUAUCCCUCGAUCGCCCAAAGCAAAAAGCGUCCUCUACGACGUCCUGGUUCAACUCGACUUUCUUUUUGAGCCACCGAGGAGGCGCACCACCCCCGCCGCUCGCGUUCGACCAGGUCUUCGAAAGCCAGCGGCACAACCCGCUCGACCAUCACGCAGACUUGAUUCAGAUGGCCCACACUGGACUCGUCGCACUAUUAAAUGCCACAAACACCGCCCAUGAGCAAGAUGCCAGCGCUACAUGGACCAAUGGCCAGACCAAGCGCGGGGUCCAAGUGCAUUCGCGCGUGCGUCGAGCUGUCCUUGAGCUGAAAGCGUCUGUCGUGGUGGCUGCGGAUCCUAGUACCUGCCUCGCUUACAUUGCGGCCCCUCGGGGACGAGAGAUUUGGAGCACAUGGGGCCAUGAAGUGCGGUAAGGUUGAUGCGACGGUGAGGCGACCGGACACGGGUGCUUGCCGUAGGGAACUUGAACGGCUCGAUUGUACAAGUCGCAUUCUUCACCGCACAAACUACGGUUCGAAAUUGCCACCGUUCUUGCUGUGGUGCUGCAUGCAAUUGCAAGACGCAGUCGAAUUGGAGUCUGUGUUUUACCCGAAUGAGAGCAGCGAUGCAUCGCAUGACAAGGACGACAGCGAACCUGCCACGUGCGCCACCGGCGACACUCCUUCGCAUCAUGCACUAGUCUUCCAGGUACACGCUUUCAUUUGCCCUUUGAUCGGACGUCACCAUGUCCCGUACGAAGUCGGUGACGUACCCAGACGUGCCGCCAGUGUCGGGAGUCGUGCGGUCGUGCGUACACAGCAGCGGCUUCGUCUUGAGCCCGAUCGCCAACGGAAGCAACAACGACGACGAUGCCAAACUUCACGAUGCGACCGACACCCUCGUGACAUUUGCCAUUCGAAUGGAUCAUGCGCUGGCACCGCUGCAAGCCAAACCAUAUCAAAAGCAGCUCCUCACACUGGCCAAACUCAAGGUCGCCAUUGAGAAGUCGGCCACCACCGCAUCCCGUGCGUCUGGCUCUUGAUAAGCCUUGCAGUUCCUGAGCCAAAAAACAACGCUCUGGUGUACAGAUGCCGAGCACCAUCCCAUCGAUCGGUGGAAGGAAAGCGCCGCCAAAAGUAGAUCAUCCAGAAGUGGCCAAACACGAUAACAAUGUGUGCCAGCGCCUCUCACAUGCAGCCCACGUCGUUGAGAAGUGCAUUGCGAGAUCAUCAAAUCUUGGCAGUCGGGAAAGUGUCCAGUGAGUGUAAUGGAUAUAUCUAAAGCUCACGGGGCACUGGCAAUGUCCCCACAAACCAAAGUCGCUGGCGAGCUUCUGCUGACCCCCCUCACGUCUUCACCUUGGUAAAGAGUUAGGAAGCCUCCAACGUCAAGCAUAUGGACCCUGCAUCUGACGAGGGGACC